UAUAAAUAGUGUGACUUCAAUAGAGGAUCACCAGCAGGUUCCCAAGUCCGCAGCACCAAAGGAGGAGAAAUUGGCCGAGAAGGAAGACGCGCGUCUUUAAGUGCCAUUUUUGGGGUUGUUGUUGUUGCGGUGCCUUCCUAGAGAGUUGGCAGCAUCACCUCCGUUUUCAAGGGGGCCCCACCAUUGAUGUCUUAAGCUGUCGUGGAGCAAAGGGAGCCUGCGUGUGUGCGUGUGAGUGAGUGCGUGUUUGUGCGUGUCUGUGUGCGUGAGAGAGAGAGUGGCGUGUUCUUUUUUCUUCUCUUUUGAGAGAGGAGAGGAGAAAGAGUGAUGGAAGAGCUCACCGCCUUCGUGUCGAAGUCUUUCGAUCAAAAAGUCAAGGAGAAGAAGGAGGUGAUCACCUACAGGGAGGUGCUGGAGACCGGCGCGGCAAGAGCGGGGAGCCGGGAGAGUUUAACCGCGGAGUCCGGCGGUCGAGAGGAGGCGGCGGCGGCGGCGGUUGUAGCCCGGAACGUGGCGCUCUCGCCGGGCAGGGACACGGACGUGCUCGGGCCGGAGAGAACCAGAGACGCCGGUAGUCCCAAACUCAUCGACGGAAGCAUGAAGGAGAGUAAAGAGGAGUCCAAGCCCAUGGAGGAUGAGGCCCAGACCAAAAUCAAGCAGAGAAGAAGCCGGACUAACUUCACCCUGGAGCAGCUCAACGAGCUGGAGAGGCUCUUCGACGAGACCCACUACCCGGACGCCUUCAUGCGGGAGGAGCUGAGCCAGAGGCUGGGGCUGUCCGAGGCCCGGGUGCAGGUUUGGUUCCAGAACAGAAGAGCCAAAUGCAGGAAGCAAGAGAACCAGUUACAUAAAGGAGUCCUGAUCGGAGCGGCCAACCAGUUUGAAGCUUGUCGCGUGGCGCCAUAUGUCAACGUGGGGGCUUUACGGAUGCCAUUCCAACAGGAUAGUCAUUGCAACGUGCCGCCCUUCUCCUUUCAGGUGCAGGCGCAGCUUCAACUGGACAGCGCCGUGGCGCACGCGCAGCACCACCUGCACUCCCACCUGGCGGCGCACGCCCCUUACAUGAUGUUCCCGGCCCCGCCCUUCGGCUUGCCGCUGGCCACGCUGGCCGCAGAGUCGGCGUCCGCCGCAUCCGUGGUGGCCGCCGCCGCCGCCGCUAAGAACACGAGCAAGAACUCCAGCAUCGCCGACCUGAGACUGAAGGCCAAAAAACACGCGGCGGCGUUGGGCCUGUGACGUCACAGAAGGACGCAAACGAACUAUUGUUUUUUUUUCUAAUGAAGGACGACGAGUAUAACUAUAAGAAUAUAGGCUAUUUAUGAGAUUAUGAAAUGUGACUGAUAGCCUACGGAGGGGAUUUUUUCUACGUCUUGACGGUGAAGAAGAAACGGAGGAUGGAUGGACGGAUGGAUGGAUGGAUGGAUGGAGGAGGAUGCAGCUGGCAGGUCCAUACUUUGUCAAACAAGGCGAACCAUUCUGCACUCUGUUUUAUUAUUCCAUGACUAUUCGGACUCCACUUGGAACAUUUACAGAGGCUGGCCUCGUUCUCGUCCAACACAAAGCCCAAACGUUUGCAUGAGUCAACUCUCAUUUCCAUAUUUCACCCUUUUUUUGGACCCGCCCAUUCCCGUGAAGGUGAAGCCAGAAAUGUGAUAUCAUAAUAUAUGUGCUUUUUUUUUCUUUUUUCUAAGGUGUGUUUUAUUUGAUCUCCUUUUAAAGGAGCUCGUUAUGUUCUAUAUGUUAUAUUUAAUAACAGUAUAUAACAAAAUACUGUACAAGCGGUACGACACGUGUAAAAUAUGUUUAUACACAGCUAACAGCGCUUUUUUGGAAUUAUAAUUUCCUGUAUUUUCACUUUCAUGAAAAAAAAAAACAGUUCUGAUAUUAUAUCAGAAUUUGCUCCAAUUUCCCAGAAAUUUCCCUUAUUUUUUAACGCAAAUGUUGACAGGUAUUAACAAAUUAUUAUGCAGUUUUUUUGUAUUUUUGUUUCCGUGUAUGAAAAGUCCCGAUCUUCCUGUAUGUAAAAAUGUUUUUUAAUAACAGUGAAAGUGAACUCACCUGAGGCACUGUUUUUUUUUUUUUAAAAAAAGAAAAAAAUUCAUAAAAUUUUCCAUCACAUGUGAAACGUGAAUCCACUUAACCAAAAUGUUUUUUUUUGUUCCUAUAAUAAAUGAACUAAAGGUUCUUUACUGAA